GACUCUCAUUAUAUCAGUUCCAAAUUCGAGUCAAGUCUUUCAUUGGCGCGAGUAAACACUUCAGGCGCGGUGGGGGGAAACGAUUCGACAAUCUCACGAGACAGAAUGAGAUUUACUGAUUAUUGUUUACAUUGUUUAAAAAAAUAGAGAAACGAACCGAAUCGAUCCGGAUUAGUUGACAAGCUACCAAAUAGGCCGAAUUGAUCGGAAAGAGGUCAUUUCCGCGGCACGCUGCAGACGAGAGAUGAGGCGAAGACUGUUUGCUGACUGAACCUGCUUUACAUCGACCGAACUCUGAGAACCAAUGAGCCCAGUUAGCUAGCUAAGUUGCUAGCUAGCUAGAAUUAGCAAGCUAUCGAUCUGGAUUUAUCCUGGGAAGAAAAAAAAGAAUAGCCAAAGCUUGGAUAUAUAGUUUAGCGACGCACUUUUCUUGCUCCAAAUGAACGUUUUUAGGUGAAUGGUAUUGUCGGGUCCAGCGUGAGCCGAGGUAGAGAACGCCUGCUAGGCUGGGGCCCACAAAGAGCGGAGGCGAGUAAGCCCGGGGUUACCCGUGCAGGGGCAGCGGCAGAAAGGGGCUUGGGAAAUCCCGAGGAUCUCUAGGCCUACACACGACUCUCCAUCAGCCCCCAAGGAACAGGGCCUGCACUGCUCACUCUGGACUCCGAAUCUGGGAGAGGACGGGGAUUUCGACAAGGCCUCUGGUGAAAGUGUUGGGGCUGUUUGGAAGGGGAAAGUGGUUGAUACCCGGAGAGACCCGAGGCCCGUGAAAAACGACACCGCUGCAGACAUGAUGGAGGAACUGCACAGCCUGGACCCGCGGCGGCAGGAGCUGCUGGAGGCGCGCUUCACGGGCAUGGGGGUGGCCAAGGGUUCGGCGCACAACGAGUCGUCCAAUCAGAGCCUGUGCAGCGUGGGCUCUCUCAGUGACAAGGAGCUGGAGACACCGGAGAAGAAGCCCAAUGACCAGAGGACGAGGAAGAGGAAAGGAGAACCUUACGAUGGCAGUCAAGGGAAAGGAGGAACAAGAGGGCAUAAAAUUAGUGAUUAUUUUGAGUUUGCGGGUGGUAGUGGUCCUGGUACCAGUCCGGGUCGGUGUGUGCCGCCAGUGGUCCGCUCCUCCCCCCAGCACUCCCUCUCUAACCCCCCUGCCUCGGUGCAGCAGGGCAGCCCUUCCUCCGUAGGCUCUGCUAACACAGACCACUCCACCAGCUCUCUGAAGCCCAUCUCGCUCCACACCGCACACAAAGCUACACAGUCUGACCUCACGAUAGAGAAGCUGACUGCGCUGGAGAACAACAAGAACUCGGACCUGGAGAAGAAGGAGGGGCGCAUAGACGACUUGUUACGGGCGAACUGCGACUUGCGGCGGCAGAUUGACGAGCAGCAGCGAAUGCUGGAGCGGUACAAGGAGCGGCUGAACAAGUGUGUGACCAUGAGCAAGAAGCUGCUGAUCGAGAAGUCGAAGCAGGAGAAGAUGGCGUGCCGGGACAAGAGCAUGCAGGACAGGCUGCGUCUGGGGCACUUCACCACCGUGCGGCACGGGGCCUCCUUCACCGAGCAGUGGACGGACGGAUACGCCUUCCAGAACCUCAUCAAGCAGCAGGAGAGGAUCAACUCUCAGCGCGAGGACAUCGAGAGGCAGAGGAAGCUGCUGGCCAAGAGGAAGCCGCCCGCCAUGGGCCAGACCCCGCCCCCCAGCCUGGAGCAGAACAAGCGCAAGAGCAAGACCAACGGCUCGGAGAACGAAGCGUUGACGCUUGCAGAGUAUCACGAGCAGGAGGAGAUCUUCAAACUGAGGCUGGGACAUCUAAAGAAGGAGGAGGCGGAGAUCCAGGCGGAGCUGGAGCGGUUGGAGCGCGUGCGGAACCUGCACAUCCGCGAGCUGAAGAGGAUACACAACGAAGACAACUCACAGUUCAAAGACCACCCGACGCUGAACGACCGGUACCUGCUCUUACACUUACUGGGCAGAGGAGGCUUCAGCGAAGUCUACAAGGCCUUCGACUUGACGGAGCAGAGGUACGUGGCCGUGAAAAUCCACCAGCUGAACAAGAACUGGCGGGACGAGAAGAAGGAGAACUACCACAAACACGCCUGCAGGGAGUACAGAAUCCACAAGGAGCUGGACCACCCCAGAAUAGUCAAGCUCUACGACUACUUCUCGCUCGACACCGACUCGUUCUGCACGGUUCUGGAGUACUGCGAGGGGAACGACCUGGACUUCUACCUGAAGCAGCACAAGCUGAUGUCGGAGAAGGAGGGGCGCUCCAUCAUCAUGCAGAUCGUCAACGCCCUCAAGUACCUCAACGAGAUCCGACCGCCCAUCAUCCACUACGACCUGAAGCCCGGUAACAUCCUCCUGGUGAACGGGACCGCCUGCGGCGAGAUCAAAAUCACCGACUUCGGCCUCUCGAAGAUAAUGGACGACGACAGCUACAACUCGGUGGACGGGAUGGAGCUGACCUCUCAGGGAGCCGGGACCUACUGGUACCUGCCGCCCGAGUGUUUCGUGGUGGGGAAGGAGCCGCCGAAGAUCUCCAACAAGGUGGACGUGUGGUCGGUGGGGGUCAUCUUCUACCAGAGCCUGUACGGCCGCAAGCCGUUCGGACACAACCAGUCCCAGCAGGACAUCCUGCAGGAGAACACCAUCCUGAAGGCCACGGAGGUGCAGUUCCCGCCCAAGCCUGUCGUCUCGCCCGAAGCCAAGGCCUUCAUCCGCCGCUGCCUGGCGUACCGGAAGGAGGACCGCAUCGACGUGCACCAGCUGGCCAGCGACCCCUUCCUCAUGCCCCACAUCCGCAAGUCGGUGUCCACCACCGGGACGCCGGGCGGGGCCAUGCCCUCCACCUCCGGCUCCUUCAACAGCAGCGCCUCCAACUGAGCCGAAACGCCUGCCCAUCCCUCAGCGCUCCGCAGAGGAGCCCGGCCACCCGGCCCACUCCCGCCGACACACCGCAGAGAGAGAGAGAGAGAGAGAGAUACAGGGGGAGUGUGAGAGAGAGAGAUGCAGGGGGAGUGAGAGAGAGAGAGAGACAGAGACUGGGGGAG